GUAAAGAUAAAAUUAGUAUUGUAAACAACGCCGGAUAGAAAGGAUUUACAAGGAAGAGAAGUUUGCUUACAAUCUCAAACAAUCUGUCUGUUUAGAUGCAUUAUUGACCAACAUAACUAACUUGGAAUGAAUUGAUAUUCGUUUUUCAAUUUAAUUGUCCCUGUAUUUUCGACCAAGACCCACAAAUAUGGCCGAAAUAGAUAAUGAAACUGAACAGUUUCAAGAUGAUCAUGAAAAUGAUAAUGAAUUUGACAAUGAAGCUCAGUUGUUGGAGAGCGGCGAAGUAGAGGGAGACAAUGGUGUUGCAGACGAUUCCACGGCAGACGAUCCGGAGCUUGAGGCAAUCAAAGCAAGGGUCAGAGAAAUGGAGGAAGAGGCUGAAAAACUAAAAGAAAUGCAGAAAGAGGUUGAUACACAAAUGAACCUGACUUCACCAACAACAGCUAGCCCUUUUCCAUCAGCAGAGGAGAAAAUGGAUGCUGAUGCCCGAUCUGUGUAUGUAGGUAAUGUUGACUAUGGAGCAACUGCUGAAGAGUUGGAGCAACAUUUCCAUGGGUGUGGUUCUGUUAACAGGGUUACCAUACUUUGCGAUAAAUUUACGGGUCACCCAAAAGGAUUUGCAUAUGUGGAAUUUGCCGACAAAGAUUCAGUAACCACUGCUCAAGCUCUAGAUGAAUCAUUAUUCAGAGGGAGGCAGAUAAAGGUCAGUGCAAAGAGAACCAAUAGGCCUGGAAUUAGUUCAACCAACAGAAAACCACGGGGAUUCCGACCGCGAGGAAGAUUCCGCUCCCCCUAUGGUGGCGGUUCAUACACACCACGGAGACCAAGUCGCUUCAGAAGAGCUGCAUUCUAUUCUCCAUACUGAAGCAAUCAUCAUAUUCUUAAAGUCAACAAAAAGAAAAAAUAUAUAUAAUAAGAAUGGGAAAGAAAAUCAUAUACAAUUGUUUGGCAAUGAUAAAAAAAUCCCAUACCUUCAAAAAUUGAGAUCAAAAUAGAAUAUCAGUAAGCUUCAAUUAUAGGGCUAAAGUGGAUUUUUUUAAUUGGUGUAUGUAGAUGGUGGUUUUUUUUUUUUAUACUGACCCUAACCAUUUUAUUUUUUACUUAUGUCAUGUGUGCAAUAUUUUGUCCAGUGUAUAUCGCCAUGAUUAAUUUCAUGAAAAAGGGAAUUUAAAAAAGAUAAUUGUCAUAGAAUCAAAGUUUCCCCUGGGAGGGACCCUUCAAAAUGGUUAGCCUAGUAACCAUGGUAACCAUUUUUUUGUUUAUUCAUAUCUUAGUUUCUUUUGCAGAUUGCCGUAGCUUGGCUAUUUGAGCAGUGCCAUGCUUCUAUACUGUGUAAAAUCACUCCAAUGUCAUUUAAUUUUGAAAAGUAAAAAUUCUUUUUUUUUAUGUAUGUUUGUUUUGUUUGUGGAAAACAUUUAUGUGUGGGUUUUAAAAACAGAUUAAUGAUCAUUGGAGUGGUUCAAUCACUGGUAUCUUACUAUAAAUGGGAAUUUAAAAAAAGAUAUGAGAAAAAAAUAGUUAGUGAAGAAUAGAAAAAAAAUUCAAUUCCCCAUAAAAAAAUGAAAAAAAAAAUAGAUUGAAAAAAAAAUAGAUUGAUAAAAAAGAUGACAAAGAAAUGGGGAAAGAUUGAUUAAAAACGAAGACAAAGCAAUGGGGAAACGGGGGAAAGAGGAAACAACCAUUGAAUCCUGAGAAACCUGACUAUGGGAGCAACAGGACUGACACUGGAUCAUUGUGAAUGAAUUUGUCUAUGUAAUCAUUUUAGUUUUCUUAAUAAAGAUUAAAUUAAAACCAAUAAA